AUGAAAAUAGCCCAUCGUAUCGAUGCAAUAAAUAAAAGAAAUAAAGGAAUUAACAAUUUUUUUAUAGAUGACAUAGAAACCAAAAAUAAUCAGAUCAAUUCCAUAAUUCCUUUAGAUUCAAAAAGUUCUUAUAUUCAUGAUCAACAUUACGCAUCGAAUUCCAACGAUCCUUUUAGUUCAGAAUCGCCUUGGAGGUUACCGGCAAUAUUGUCAUUAGUUUGGACAACGUUUUUAUUAUUGGCAGUUUUCGCAUUUAUAAUUAAGAAAACGGUAUUUGCAGAUUUGAAUUUACCUUUAGGAAGAAAUCGACAUCAGCGCAUUCGUAGGACAGACGAUGACAAUGAGUGGAUGACUGCUUCGUUUAGUGACGACGAUCAUGAAGCUGAUGAAAACGAAGUUCCGUUAUCGGCGAAUAUAUCGAGUAAUGAUCUCACUGAUUGA